AUGGCGACGACGACGACGAGGACGGUCGCGGUAGCGGUUGACGCGGAGCCGGCGACGACGUCUUCACUGACGGCGGAAACGUGGGCACAGAUCGAAGCCAUCAGCGACCAGGUCCGACGAGCGCUCGAGUGUCCGGUAUGCCUAACGCUGGCCACGGUCAUGGCGUCUCUCUGCGCGAACGGACACGCGGUGUGCCACACCUGCGUGGUCAAGCUGUGGAGCAGGGACACCACGCAACACUGUCCCAUGUGCCGAUCUCCGAUGGACUUGCGGGCGUCGACCGCGAUGACCGUCAAAUUGACCGAGUUCACCGAAAGAGUGAGGCUGGCGUGCGACUACCGGAGAUUCGGCUGCCACCGACUGUAUUUCGUCCGCGACAUACUUGAGCACGAGCGGGUGUGCGCGUACAAACCGAACGUCGAGUGUCUGGCGUCCACGUGCCAAUGGUUGGGCACCUACGAUCAGCUGCAGGAACACGUGCUCCACGCGCACGCCGACGUCUUUGUCGAAGCAACGGUAAAUCACGAAAUAACAUACAGAUUUGUUCAUUCGUAUACAGAGUGA